AUGAAGAAACCGAUUUCCCCAAUUGGCCGUAUUUGGUUUGCAGUGGAGUAUGAACAUGAGACAGAGAGACUUGUGGUCUCCCUGAUUAAAGUGAGGAACCUCCAGCUCAACUUUGAUUCAUGCAACCCCUUUGUCAAGAUCCAUCUCCUUCCAGAUGAACGGCACUAUCUUCAGUCUAAAGCAAAGCGCAAAACCGUGAACCCACACUUUCAUGAAAACUUUGUGUUUCAGGUUUCUAGUAAAACAGUGCUUCACAGAACACUGAUGUUUUCCAUUUAUCAUGUGGAUAAAAUAAAGAAACACCAUCUACUGUGGCAGGUUAUGUUCCCUUUGAAAAAUGAAAAUUUGACAGAUGAUGUGAAGCUUGUUAUAUGGAGAGAUCUAGAAGUUGAAAACAUGGAGCCUCCAUCAGAGUAUGGAGACAUCCAGUUCUCUCUUAGCUACAAUGACUACCUGGGGCGCAUGACAGUAGUUGUUCUCCGUGCAAAAGGUUUACCAUUUUAA